AUGCUAUCAACAUCUCCGAAAGCGACAACCACAGCAACGACCAUCACUGAAACCAUUCAACAACAACCUUCCAAUGACCUUAGCAAGAGUAAUGAAACACCAAGAUCGGCAUCUUUGGGAGCCUCACAUUCACACCACACGCACAUUCCUAAACCUCUUCCUUCCUAUCAAUUUAACACUUCAAAAAUUCCACAUUCUCUCCGAUUAACGUAUCGUUCGCGAGCCAAAGCUUACUUGAAACAAAAUGGUUAUUUUGUGGACAUGGAAAUUAUUCAAGUGACAUCAUCUAUUUUGUUUUUCUUUAUUUUCAUUGCUGAAUUGAUUUUUAAUAUGAGAAUACAACAAAAUCCAGCGAAUUUAGGUCGAGUGAUGAUUUUAGGUUUUUAUAUGGUGGACUUGGUAUUGUGUUUAGGAAUUUUGACCAUGUUGUUGAUUGGAUUUGCAGUAGCGAAACACAAAAUUCGAUACAUUUUUCAAUUAUCCUCUCUCAUUGACAUGUUGACCAUUAUUCCAAUGAUUCCCUUACUGAUAUAUGCCAUUGUGAAAUUACUGUUGAUGGAACAAUAUGAUUCUCAUGUAUUUUACAGAAACCAUGAUGUCGAUCUGAACAUGUUUCGAAUAUCUGUGGUCAUUGCAUUCUUUCGAUUAUUAAGAUUGAUUCGAAUAUUAUUUGUCUUGACUUGGAAGAAGAAUAUUCUCCAUUACAUGUUUGAAAAUUCAUUUGGAUUUGGUCCUUCCAUUCAAGUUCAAGUCGUGACGUUGAUUCUUAUUGUGAUCAUACUGGUGUUGUUCUUUGCUGGAACGUUUCAACAGAUUGAAUAUCUCUUUGGAACAGCAGUUCAUGGAAUGGUGGAUAGUGUUUAUUUCAUGGUCAUCACGAUGGCAACCAUUGGAUAUGGCGAUAUUACACCUACAUCCACGAUUGGUAGAAUUUGGGUCAUGUUUUGCUUUCUUGUUGGUGUGACUGUCAUUCCGUAUCAUUUAUCAGCAUUGUUAAAGUUGGGAACUAGUGAAAGUGCAACAUUUAGAGCCAAACAUGGAAAUUUAAAGAACCACGUUAUCGUCAGUGGUUAUUUUGAAAAGGAGAAUGCCAUUGAUUUCCUCAAAGAGUUUUAUCAUGCCAUGCAUGGUAAAAACAAUAAGAAAGCUCUCAUUGUCUCACGUAAUAAGGAUUUAAUUCUCUCACUCAAACAAGAUAUUUCUCGACGAAAUUUCCUCUCUCAACGAGUCAUCUUCUUUACCGGCGAUUUAUUAGAAUAUGAAACUUCAAAACUUCUUCGCGUUCAGCAUGCACAUUCUGUAUUCUUUCUCAAUUGUAAGGCAAGUCCAAAUCCAAGAUUGAACGACACUUCCAUCAUGAUGUCUACCAUUGCCAUCAAGAACAUGAAUCGUAAUAUUGAAGUGUAUGCUCAAGUCACUCUUCCAGAGUCCAGAUAUUAUCUCUACAACUCAGGAGCAAAAGUUGUGGUCUGUACAGAGAUGCUCUCCAGCAAACUUGCAGGUAUGAAUGUGUUGUAUCAUGGUUUCAGUACCAUGGUCAUUAACUUACUCAGUACCUUGUACAUUCAACAAUCUCUAGAAGUAUUUAAGGAAAAUAUGGAGAAACAUGCACAACAUUAUGCAUUUUCACAAUGGAGACUGAAAGGACACGCUUCUCAUCAUCAUGAAACCUCUCGUUCGAAAGAAGAACAAAAGCACAUGGAUAGUGAAUGGCUCUAUGAAUAUUUUGAUGGAUAUGGACAUGAAAUCUACUCGGUGGCAUUCUCUCCCUAUUUUCAAGGAAUGAAAUUUAUAGAUGUUGUGAUUUUUCUUCGAGAGCAAUUUGACAUUACUCUUUUUGCAUUGGAAUUUACCACCGUGACUAUUGGUGGAAAUUCAAGAAAUGAAGAUCAUGAUCCUUCGAUUCGAGUUUCGAAAGCAACUGUUGAAUUGAAUCCCAGUGAUCAAGUCAUUGAUGUGAAUACGUGUAAGGCAUUUGUAAUUGCACAAAGUGCGUUUCAUGCCAAUUUGGUGUAUUUAUUUGAAAAUGCAAAUCCAAAAGAAGAUGAUCAAUCGACCACCACUAAAUCCUCAGUGGAACAAACAGUAUUAGGUGGAAUGCAUCCAUCUUCUUCCAAAAACGAUCAAUUACUAGAACAACCCUCUCGUUCAUUACACAUUCAUGACGAACGUUCGAUUGGAGAAUAUGAAGACAAUGAUCUGAGUCGUGAAAGUGGACAAUCCUUAAGGGUAGAACCUCUCGAUAAACCCACAUUGGACAUGCUUGGAUCGUAUGAAUCCUUCUAUGUGAAUGAAGAAAAUGCAUUUGAAAAUAUUGAACAACAAAAACCACCUGAAACGAAGGGUCGAACUGGGUUGUUGAAGAAAACACGACGAUUCACACGACCUCGAACACGUUCGAGAGGUGGUGGCUCUCCUGGAACUGCCAUGAUGGAUGAAGAAGAAAUGUCCAGCAUGACAUCGGAUCAAGAUGAUGAGGAGAGUGAUGAGUCGGCGGAAUCGGUUCGAUCUCUCGAUUCCAUGUUAGCAAAACCUCCACUCGAUUUGGAAAAUUUGAAAAGUUAUUCAGAGCUUGAAUUGAACAUGACAUUUAUUCAGAGAUUAUUUCGAAGUGUGGCACCAAGUUCCUAUUUCAUGACACGAGAUUCGAAAGAAGAUAAGAAAACCUUUGAUGAUUUUUGUAAAAACAUGAUGAGGAAUUAUAACUUGUUAUUAAGGGCGAGACCUAAGGGAGACUUUAUUGUGGACUCUGCAGAGUCAGUUCACCUCAGAAAACAUAUUAUCAUUACUGGUGAAAUCAAGUAUCCAUUGGUGAUUAUUGCAACUGUUCGCUCAUUGAGAAGACGUCACUUUAUGCCAAUUUUGAUUGUCGUGUCUAAAAAGGUUCAAGGAAUGAGCAUUUUUGAUAGUCCGUAUGUGGACUUUUUAUAUGAAAGACUCAAGUUCUUUGAUAAGGUUUUUAUAAUGAGAGGAAGUCCAACUGAUUUGUUUGAUUUGCAGAGAGCUGGAAUUACAAAUUCAGAAGCCAUUGUAUAUUUGUCACGACCAAGUGGAAGUUCCGCAUACAAUGACGCUAUAUUUCCAGAGGCGAACGUUCCUAACCAAGCUUCUUCCAAUGCCGUUCUAGUCUCAGACGAUUUUCUCAAUUCUAAAGAUUAUUUUAGAGACGCUGAAGCAGUCAAAAUUGUGGUUGCAAUGAGCUACAUUGACCCUAGAAAGUUCUUUGUUUUGGAGCUCAGUAACACAAAGAAUAUCAAAUUUCUCAAACAAAUUGGUGGAAUUUUCACCACACGCUACGGAAAUGAUAUGGAAGUGUUGAUGAAGGCGUUUCAAAGCGUGACAUCCAUGUCUGCAUUUGAAGAUCCCUUAUAUAGAAUUGGAGAAAUGUUGGACGAGUACAAUGAAUUUUGUUUGUUAUCAGAAUUGUAUUCAAGCGGUAGAAUUAUUCCAGUUGGCUUUAUUUCCAAAUUGCUCGCUCAAUCAUUCUACACAGAAAAAUUAAAUGAUUUGGUGGAACAAAUGUGUAUUGAUGGAGUUUGUUCAUCAAGCAGAAGUUCAAUAUUUCAAGAACCAUGCCCUGAAUUGAGCUUGGGAAUGACCGUUGGUACACUCUUUGUGGAAUUGUGUCGAAAGGCAAGCUUGAUUUUGUUAGCUCUUUAUAGACCAAAGAGAUUUCUAAGCGAUCAAGAGUCCACUCCAACCAUCGAUGAAGAUUUCUACUAUGUUUAUACACACCCAAGACCGAACACUGUACUACAACAUGGGGAUAUUAUGUUUUUGUGCGGCAGAAAGAGCCAGUAUGUAGAAUUUCUCAAAGGUCUUCAUCAUCCUAAAAAAGAUUUACGCUCAGCUUCUGCGUCCUUUGUCACUCCUGCAGUGGUCUCUGAAUUCACCAACAUUGUUAAUAUUCCAGAAGAAGUAACACCUGUUGUAGGUGGUCACGAAUUGCUCACUCGACGAAGUUUUGAUACUUUCAUGUCCAAACACAAAUCAGGAAUUAUUUCCAAGCCUGAACAUUGA